AUGCCCUCUUCCGACUUCUUCUGCGCCGUCCUAGACGAUACCAACCACCCCGACGAGGCAGUCGUUGUUCACCCUCGCACCACCUGGGCACGGCAUGUCGAGCGGACACGUCUCAUCCGUGGGGCACCUGCACAUGCGUGUGGCGCUGACGGCCAGCUCCAGCCGGGUCCCCUCCUUUCGACCGUGUACCAGUUCACUGAACGCCUACGCGCACACUCGAUCCGCCCAGUCCACGUCGACCUCAAGGCACUCUCGACUCCGCCUGUGGCCCAGCCAACUACUACCUUCGCUGGGAAUUCGGGACGGAGCACUUGGUCCGCUGUCUCGUGUUUCACCAAGGAGUACGACCACGCACGGGACUUUCAGAUCGUGGAGAUUCUCGAGGACGCUUUCAGGACUGAGGUAUAG